AUGUCAACAUCUUUGUCCUCAUCUUCUGUCUGGGACAACCUCGUAGAAUAUCUCUCUCUGAGCUCAAUAUGGAAGUGGCUACAAGCAACUAUUCUGGGAGAGACUAGUCCACCUCAGCAAACAAAUUUUGGAGUACUAGAUACCCUUGCUCCAAUUAUGCAAGUUAUCCUGGGGAUUUCUUUUUUGCUUUUGUUGGGAGUAGGAGUAUAUAUCUUAUGGAAACGAAGUGUUCGGUCAAUUCAGAAAAUAUUGUUGUUUAUCAUCACACUCUACAAACUUUACAAGAAGAGCGCAGAUUUUUUUCAGGCUUUGCUGGUCAACCCAGAAGGGAACGCUCUCCCAGGUCAAGACAAUAACUUCUUCCUGUCCUUGGGUCUGCAAGAGAGAAUUUUGAAAAAACUUCAGACGGUGGAAAACAAAGUGAAGGACCUGGAGGGGAUGAUCAUUUCCCACAAACCUGCCACAAAGAGGGAUUGCUCCUCUGAGCCCUACUGCAGCUGCUCUGACUGCCAGAGUCCCUUGCCCGCAUCAGGAUUUACUUCCACAUCUGAAAUGUGA